CACACGGGCAGAUAAUCGGCCGAAUCGUCUAAAGGAGGGAUGUCGGGAGUGUUCUGGGAGCAGCGAUACAGUCGCAGUAUAAUAAGGGGCAGUUAAUGAAAGAGCAGUGAAUACGGCCAGUAGAUGGGGUCGGUGGGAGGGAGAGAAGGACAGAGAAGUGAAGCCCCCACAUCUCUCUGGCAGCCCCCCCUCCCCCGGUCCCUCCCAGUCUAUAGGAGGAGUGAGGCUGCUGUUGGGCUCUGGGCUCUGCUCUACCCGCUGCUCAGUGUGUCGGGAGCAUCAUGUCCGGGCGGAGACUCUAAUCCCGGUGGCGCCGACCCUGCCCAGUUCUCACCCUCUGUGAUCUCCCCACUGGCCACUAUGGAUUCCUGGCUGAGAUACUGGAGCCUGGCUGCCCUGCUGUGUCCCCUCAUCCUCCUCCUCCGAGCAGAACCUAAAAAUGGAACAGGCAUGGAGACCAUUGGUCUGGAGGUGGAUCCCACAACCUAUUCCUACAACCAACCAACUGCAGAGGGAAUCAUUUUGAAUGAAAAAGUUGAUGUUGAAUCAAAGUCUGGAGGAGAAGACUUUGUAGGUGAGACAAGUUCCUGGAGCCCAACCACAGCUGAAAAAUCACAGGGGAGCCUGUCAACUGGAGCAGAGGGCUUUGAUGGAAGUACAACAGCUAGCCAAGUGGCUGGUGGUCUCUCAUCUACAGAUGGCACUCAUCAACUCAAUCCGAGUGGGCUUGCUCUUGAGAACAAUGGGUCAUCAACCUGUGAGGGUUGCAGAGGGGAAGACAUUGUUCGGAAACCACCCGUGAGGUCAUUACUGGCAGAGAACCAUGGGGAGGAUGAGGAACCAGUUACUGGUAUGGUCUGGCCUUUUAGCCGGGAAGCCUUGGAUUUGGAAAUCAGAAAGAGAUUACUUAAAAGUGGAAUUGUUUCAGCUACAGAAAGCCAAGAGGAUGCUGGGAGUGGAGACCACCAUGUUCAAGAGCAAGGACGUCAGGUAACGCAUCAGAGCUCCCUGGGGAAAGAUUGGGAUUUGGAUGAGUUUAUAGACAGGGCUACCGCCUCACCCUCACAGACGACCAUCACAUUCAGCAAGGGGCUUGUGAACCCCUCAACGGACAAAGCCAUCAGCCCAGACUCAGCCGAAAUUGACCAUCUUCUGCAAGUCUCCAGGGAAGCCGUUCUUCAGUCUCCUUCCUCUUCAGAUACUGACCAUCGUGGCCAAGUCAGCCAAAAUUCUAGAAAAGAAAAAGAUCAGGGGUCCUAUACGGUUUCAGAAAGAGCCUCUGAUCCGUUGACUGCGCAGGGAGCUCAGGGGACCACAGACAUCACCAUGGUUACUGAUAAAACAGAAAGUCCCCCUCAUGCCAGUGUUCCACCGGUCAGUCAAGACAAGGCCUCUGAGGCUCCACCGGAUCAUUCAGUUGAUGACCUUAUUAACUUUGAUUAUUAUGAUCUGUUCAACAUAGACGGACAUGGUGGUCUGGGCCACUUCCCUGGUUCCUCCAUCCCUGGUGGAGACUCUACCAAGAAAAACCAUGACAAGAAAGUCCCAUGGCCCAUGCCAGAACUUUAUGAUGACUUCACACCUUUUGACGAAUCUGAUUUUUACCCCACCACAUCUUUCUAUGCGGAUGGAGAUGAUGAAGGGAUUAUUGAAGAUGACGACGAUGACGAUGAUAUUGAAGAUACGGAUGACAUAGAUGAUGAAGAUACCAGGGCAAGAGAUGUAGCAAAUGCCCCCAAAGCUGCUACUCUUACCCCAAAACUACAGACUAUAAUGGUGGACGAGAAGCCCACUGGUAGACAACACACCCCUCAUCAAACCUUUAUCCUGUAUGGUGGGGACGUACACCCUAAAUUCCACCCAGACAUUAACAAGGAUUUGUCUCAAACAGCGUCAAAUGACAGCAGCUCCGAGUGCAGGAACGGAUAUGUGCGGCGCAACAACUCCUGCAAGUCAGUGUGUGAGAUCUACCCCACCUACUGCUACAACGGGGGGCAGUGCUACAUUGUGGAGAACACGGGGGCUUUUUGCAGGUGCAACACGCAGGAUUAUAUUUGGCACAAGGGCAUGCGCUGUGAGUCCAUUGUGACGGAUUUCCAGGUGAUGUGCGUGGCUGUGGGUACGGCGGCUCUGGUGGUUCUUCUCCUCUUCAUGAUGACCGUCUUCUUUGCCAAGAAACUCUACCUGCUCAAAACCGAGAACUACAAACUGAGGAAAAGAAAGUACAGGACUCCUUCCGAGCUCCACAACGAUAACUUUUCUCUGUCCACCAUUGCUGAAGGCUCCCACCCAAAUGUAAGGAAACUAUGCGACACUCCAUCUAACCUCUCCCCCCAUGCCCGUGCAUUGGCUUACUAUGAUAACGUUAUUUGUCAGGAGGAUCCCAAUGCUCCACAGAAGGUGCAGGAUCUCCCUAAAGCCUGUUUGAAGGAUGAAGAACCUUUCAACAUCCAAAAUUCACUCUCCCCCAAACAUGACAGCGGCAAAGGGGACCCGGACAAUGCUGACGUCAACUGCGUCCUGAACAAUUUAACAUGAGGAAAAACUAAAGUGUUUGAUAAAUAAAAGAGGGUGACUCCAUGUUAUCUUCUCUGACUUCACUUCUCCAGUGCUGAAGGGACGUGUGAGAGGACAAAUCACAGUCCGCCUCCAGCACUGACAGGAGCUUAAUGUAUUAUUAUCAUACCACACCCUCUAAUGUGCCCCCCAAAUCCCUGGCAUGCUUUGGUGUAUUUUGUACAGAGGUUGGCAGAAAGAUGGUGCAGUGUCUUGGAGAAGGUAUGCUCUACUGUACCAAGAGUGGACCAAGUCAGACUGGAGAUAGUUCCCCAUCUCUCCAUUCCAUGAAUGCAUUAAGGUACCGCUUAUAUGGUUAUAUAGAGGCUUUUCAGGACUGGUGUAUUAUAAGCCUAACUCAUACUGACUAGUCAGGGCAAGAUGCUUCUUGUGAUGUCUCAUACUGCUGGAUAAUGUGGUAGCUUGCACAUGAACCAGUUUAUUUUAGGUCUCUUUGAGGC